GGCGCGUAGGACUCCCGUUUUUCCACGUCAAUUGUCAGCCCCCGUCACCUGCCACCUGCUCAUGCUACUACUACACCCUCACAGGCUCACCUCCCCGCUGAUGCUCUUUUGUUUCUCGCCAGAUGACAAGAGAGGUGACGAGAUGGCCGUGAAAGAAAAAAAUAAACAAAAUCAGUAGGAGUUUGCAUAGUAGCAGUAACAUUUUUUUUUUUUUUUAUGGAACGUAAUUAUAAUGAGAGCUCAGUGUAUUGUUAAGUUUUGUUCAUGGAGUGUGACGGCCCCAGCUGUUGCCAUGGUUACUGUGUACACUGGGCGAGUCGUGGACGUGACGCUCCUCGCCGGCAGUCAUUUCACGGCCCCCGACUGGAUUAAUUUCUCCUAGCGCAGACCUUGACACUGCUCGUCCCUCCCACUGCGUAAGAAAUGUCCCAGAGCAAGGGCGGGGACUCCCAGAAGAGCACCAGCACUCGAGAGGCGCUGAGGCAGUGGGAGGAAAACACGGGGGAGAAAGCGGGCGAGGCUAUAGAAGUGAAGCUGAUCGGUCUGCAACCCCCGAUUGAAAAACUGGACGCUUCCCUGCAGAACCUGACUGCCUGCGAGAAGCUCUCACUCUCCACCAACACCAUCGAGAAGCUCAACCACCUCAACAACCUGCGCAGUCUUCGCAUACUGAGCCUCGGCAGGAACAAUAUCAAGAGCUUCGCCGGCCUAGAGGUGUUGGCGGAGACACUGGAGCAACUUUGGAUCUCUUACAACCUCAUAGAAAAGCUGAAGGGGAUCGGAGCCUUAAAGAAACUGAAGGUUUUGUACAUGUCCAACAAUUUAGUGAAGGAAUGGGCUGAGUUUAUGAAACUACUCGAGGUGUCAACAUUGGAGGAGCUGAAUUUUGUCGGCAACCCUCUUGAGGAGAAGCACUCGGCGGAGGGCACGUGGAGGUCUGAGGUGGAGCGCAAGCUAACGGCACUCAAGAAACUGGACGGCCUUCCCAUCAUUCGCGAUGUGGAUGACGAGUUGAUUAUUGAGCAGCAGCAACAACAACAACAGCAGGAGGCGCAGCAGACACAGAGCCAGGAGGAAGAGAAACAGGGGGGUGAGGAGGAGGAGAAGAAGCAGGGAGAGGAAGAGGGACAGACGCAGGAGGAGAAAACACAACCACAGGAUCAAGAACAAGAAGCAGAGAAGAAGGAGAGCGGGUAGAAAAUUUAAUUCCUUCAGUACUGGAAGGCAUUUCUACCACGAGUUUUGGAGAUGACUGGACGAUUUUAUUUGCAUUAAGGAGGGUUUAUGAGGGUCAGAAGAUUAAUGGCCAGAGUCAUCAGUAUUUAAAUCCCCACAUCUGUUUCUGAAGCUGUAUAAAAUCCCCAUAUAGUAAGUAUAAUGAAUAUGGAAUUUUGUCAUGGCACUGAAUUACUCUUCCCACCUCUCCUUGUUUCACUUCACCGUGCUAUGUAGACCCAUAUUCAGAAACGCUUUGCUUUCUCACCACGACUAUUUCUAAAGGCCGCAGAGAUGAUUACAGCCCACCGGAUUCUCAAGAGUGUUCUUCCCAUUGAGUAAUCAGUGAGGAAGUAACUGAUUUCCUCAUUAGUCACACGUGUUGUAGGUAGCUGGUUGGUUUUGUAUAUAUUGCUUAUCGGUGCGUUAAUGCCUCUCUCACACCCUACAACUGUUGCUGUUACUUCUUCUAUCGCUGUUGUGUGGUCAGAUGCAUUGAAAGACUCGAAGGUUGGUGUUGUGUUCCAUACAUAUACAGAAAAACAGUCGUCUUAAAUGUUGCUUUGGUUUAUUUGUAGAAUACUGGAGAUUCAUUAGAAUAAAGUAAUAUAUUUAAGAGACACCUGAGUUUACCUUGCACAUGAAAGGGACUGUGUGAUUUAGUUGACUAUAGUAAAUAAUAAUAAUAAUAAUAAUAAUAAUAAUAAUAAUAAUAAUAAUAAUAAUAAUAAUAAUAAUAAUAAUAAUAAUAAUAAUAAUACGUGCUGUACAUCAAUACUUAGCGAUAUUACAUGUGUGGUACGAAUGGAUAUCAAUUUGUAUAUAAAAAAAUACUACAACACUACAACAAGACUACUUACUAAUUACAAUAUACACUUUGGGCUUUACACAACUAAAUACACACAAGGCAACGUCAUCUUCCCUUUGAUUAAGAGCAGACUGUGCAAUUCAGAGAGAGAGAGAGAGAGAGAGAGAGAGAGAGAGAGAGAGAGAGAGAGAGAGACAGACAGACAGACAGCAAAUUUUUUAAGUACUCGUUCGCACUGGAGAGUUGAUAUGAAUGUUAGUAAGAAUAUUCAUAAGAAAGAAAUCUUGCUGUGACUGAAGGCACUCGUCAAUAUAUAUAUAUAUAUAUAUAUAUAUAUAUAUAUAUAUAUAUAUAUAUAUAUAUAUAUAUAUAUAUAUAUAUUACUCUUAUUUACAUUAUUCAUGAGGUUCCUUUGGAGAAACUUAGGGAGAAAGAGACUCAUGCAACACAACAGGCAGGAUGAAGGACGAUAGGAAACUGUACACUGGCUAGCAUAAAUAAAGGCACAAGAUGACACACGACGGACAUUUAUGACAUAGUAAACAGUUUGAACGAAGACAAAGACAAAAGUAAACGACAAGACACAAACACCUUACACAUGCAUGAAAAAAAAGAAUGAGAACCAAAUAUAUAUGACAAGAAGGAGAGAGAGAGAAGAAUAUGAGAUGAAGGAAAAGAAAAAGAGAAAAAAAGAACGUUAGAGGAAAAGUCAAAGGGUAAACAGGAAAAGAAAGAGUGAUGAGGCAGGAUAUAUAAAGAAACGGACGAAAUGAACGACGAAAGAACGAAAGAGGAUGAGGGAGAAGAAGAGGAGGAGGAGAAGGAGGAAAAUACAAGAAGAAUGAAUGAAUGAAUGAAUAAACACAGAAGGAAAUAGAAAGAAACAGACGAAAUAGAAGACGAAAGAAAA